UGUGUCAUCUUCACUUUUUUUGACAGCCUUCAGUCAGUGACUUGGGAUUUGUUUGUAAAUAUGAACGGAUGUUCGGACCUUUUUUGUAAAUAAUUCUUAUAUAUUUAAAGCAAUGACUGAAAAUACAUCAGAACCUGAGCUAUUGCCGCAUCAUGAGCAACUUGAUUUAUGUACGUCACGUCUACCGUACCGACAGGGACGAAAAUUAACAGCCGUGAAAGUAUACUCCAUAAAUGACGAAUCAAAGCACUUAUUGGUCUUCGGUGUGCCUUCACUCAACCUUCGUCAAGAAACGAAAGCCUUAUUCUCAAGGUUCGGCAAACUAAAACAAUUUAACUUAACAAAAUAUCCAUCAGAACAGUUUACAGAAACAUAUCAUGCUUUAUUUGAAGACAUUCAGUCUGCACGCAUAGCUAAAAAAAUGUUAGAUACAAAGAAUUAUUAUGGCGGGAACUUACAUAUUUGUUAUGCACCUGAGUUGGAAACUGUAGAUGAAACAAAAGCGAAAUUACUACAAAGACAAACAAAUGUUAUCAACCGGUUAAAAAAUCUGCAACGCGAACCAAAAAUUAAGAAACCUGUUGAAAUUAUAGCUCAAAAUGAUGAUGAUGAAAAAACCGCCGAAAAAAGUAGCAGUAAAUUAUGUGAUUUGCAAAAUGGCGGUGAAAUUAAAAAAGCAGAAGGCACUGGUAAUAAACUAUACAUGGGCACUGAAAACACGAUACAAUUAACAAAACGUAAAAUUAAAGAACCUAAACCAAAGAAAAUGAAAAAGAUUAAGCAUAAUAAUGAUUCUAAAAAUAAUACUAGUGAGGUAAAAACUAUAGAAUCUGCUUCUACAACUGAAACUGCAAAUAAUAUAGAAAUAAUAGAUUUUACAUCAACGGAAAAGGAGGUUUUAACUAAUGUUAAUGAAAGUCUUAAUUAUAAUAAUUUUGGUAAAGAGAUUAUUAAACCGAUUCCCUAUAAGCCUGUAAAUAAAAUUAAGUUUAAUUUAAAUAAAAACUCUUUAUUGUAAUUUGUUUCUUUUUCAGCCUUGUAGAAAUAUCCUUGACAAGCUUGAUUGGUCACCCAUCAGAUAGACAACCUUACCCACCGUUCUUAAUUCUAUACUAACAACAGUAACAGUAGUGACAUGGUAUCUCGGUUCAUGAGAUCAUUUCUUGUAAUGAAUGGAUAAACAGCUGUCUUCACAAUAAAGUUAUGUUUAUCCCUUAGGUAGAAACACUUAAAAUGUUUUUUUUUCUUUGAAUCGAUUCCUGGUCUGGUCUUGGGACCAGUUUUAGAUAAUUCUCGACCGCUUCAGAAGUAAAUAACUUUCAGACCACCACAAAAAAUUAUGCAUUCUUAUGAUUUGAGAAAACAACCUUCUUUUGAGUGGAGAAUAUAAAU